AUGUUAUUGGGUCUCAACACAAAUGGAAAAGCUGUGUUUGGAAAUGUCCAACAACCCAAUGCUCUAUGUGUCGAAAUGUUGGGUGUAGAUUUAAUAGAGGGUGAGGGGCGACAAAGAGGUAGGGGCCAAGGUAUUAAGCUUGUUGGUCUUCAACAAGCUUAUGAUGACCUUAAGUUGAAUCAGUUUUCUAGCGAAGAAAGUAAACUAUAUAAAACUAGAAUGUAUAUUAUGUUAUUAUUUGGUAGGUUUCUAUUUCCCGAAGGUACGGGGAAUAGUGUCAAUUUUAUGUACUUGUGUCUACUUGAGGACAUUGAUGCAAUUAAGACGUAUAGUUGGGGUUCGACGGUGUUGGCAUACCUCUAUAGCUUCUUGUGCAAAUGUGCAACAAAGGAUAGUUGUACAUUUAAUGGAUGUGCAUUCUUUCUACAAGCAUGGUUUAAUGCAACUGGGUUGGAUUACACCAAUACGCCUGUAAACAAAAUCAUUUUUUACUGCCAACUAUUGGAUCGACUUCGACCCCAAGAUUUUAUUUGGAGACCUUACUUGGGACUGGACCAUGUACCCGAACCUAGAGAGGCGGCUGUUUGGACGGCAAAAUCACCCAUCAUACGAUUUGAUAAUAGCAAACAGUAUAUGGCGGGAGGCACAAGACCAAACCCACUCGACAGGGAGCACAUGUUACGUGCAUUGAAGGCGCUGUCUCUGCCAACGUCAGAAGUUAAUCUCCCAGAUGGGCUAUUGGCAGUUCCUCUUUUAUGUCAUCAGAGAAUCGCUUUAUCGUGGAUGGUUCAAAAGGAAACAUCAACUUUAAGCUCUUCCGGAGGAAUUCUUGCAGAUGAUCAGGGUCUUGGAAAAACUGUGUCAACUAUUGCUUUAAUACUAAAGGAAAGGCCUACGUUGCUCGAGGCGUGCAACACUGCACAAAAUAGUGUAUUAGAAAUCGUGGAUUUGGAUGAUGAUCCACUUCCUGAGAAUGGUGUAAUGAAGAAGGAAUUUGACGCGCGUCAAGAUACAUCUAGAAAUGGAAAAGCGAUCACAAGUGUGAAUUCUUCGGUUCAUGCAAAAGGCAGGCCAUCUGCAGGAAACAUACAAUUUAACUAA